AUGUCGUCGUUGUUGAGAUCAACGAAAUUCGUUCGGUACUUUACGGGUGCUGCAAGAACACUUAUUUUGAAUUCUGUGAAAACUGCCGAAGCCAGUGCAUUCCUCAACUCUAAAGCCUUAAGUGCUGCUAACAAUGUUUUUGUACGAGAUUAUGCAACAACAAAGAAAACAGAAAGCCUUGACCCUCUGCUUCAGAAAUUAGACUCGGAAGUUAGAAGAUAUGGACGGAUCACAAAAAGAGAUAUUGAUGAAGUAUUAGAUGAAAUUCAAUCUAAAAAUGACAUUACUAGCUCACAGUCUCUUCUUGUUAUAAGAUGUUGUGGUGAACUAGUCCCAGAAGAGCUACCAGAACAAAGAACCUUACUUGUACAGAAAAUAUGGAGUGUUUUAACAGAAAGAGGAAUCGCAAUGGACAUCUCUCACUACAAUGCAUUGUUGAGAGUUUACAUUGAAAACCAACAUCCGUUCUCGCCUGCACAAUUCCUUACAGAACUUGAAAAUAAAGGAUUACAGCCAAAUAGGGUCACCUAUCAGAGACUCAUGUGGCGUUAUUGCCAAGAGGGAGAUGUCGAGGGAGCAACUAAAGUGCUAGAAAAGAUGAGGGAGCUAAGCAUGCCGGUUUCUGAGCCAGUUCUGAACGCUUUAGUCAUGGGUCAUGCAUUCCAUGGUGAUACUGAAGGAGCUAAGGCUGUAUUAGAAACUAUGGCAGGAGCUGGUUUGCAACCAUCAAACCGUACUUAUACUUUAUUAGCGUGCGGAUAUGCAAAACAAGGUGAUAUUGAGGGUGUAGAAGGCAUCCUACAGUUAGCCAACGAAAAGGAUGCUUACAUAACUGAUAAGGAUAUAUUAGAUAUAAUCGAACAUUUAGCCAUCGGAGGACAUGAAGACAAAGUAGAAAAUCUAUUUAAACAUCUUCAGAAAAGCAUAGGUUACAAUCAAGAUGUUUGUAACCUUAUUCUGAGACUGCUUAACAAAGGACUUGAUGAGACUGCAAAGAAAAUAUUUGCGACUAUGCCUAAAUCUUCGCAUUUCGAAGAUAACCUGUUCAAAGGGGCCUUCUUUGUGAAACAUUUACUAAGAUUGAACAGAUCCCCAGACUCUAUAAUUAAAACAUGCAAGGAUUUAACUCAUGAAGGUCUUGUACCAAAUGCAAUUUACAUUGCAACUGAGGGAGCACUACAAUCAGGAAAUUGUGAACUAGCUCAGAAGCUAUUUAAAGAACUGGUAAACGAAGGUAAAGAAGUUAGACAGCAUUACUAUUGGCCUUUACUUGUAAAGAAAGGUAAAGAAAAAGAUGAAGAAGGUCUCUUGCAAAUACUGCGAGACAUGUCCACAAAUAAUAUUCCAGCAUCAGGAGAGACAUUAAGGGAUUAUGUCAUACCUUACUUGACCACAAACAGUAAUGCGAAAAGCGUUAUCGUUAAACUUCAAAUAGCGAAUGUGCCAGUUAUACAUGCUGCACGUAAUGUGAUGAUCCAUCUCCUGGAAUUGGGAAGAAUAAAUGAGGCAUCAGAAAUAGCGUUGCAAUACCGUCCUCGAGGGCAGUACAAUUUAGUGGGGCGGCCCUUAGUUAAUGCACUCUACAAAAGUAAAGAUAUCAAUUCCUUCAUCAACAUUUUACAUGUUAUCAGCAGCAAGCCGCCUCUUCAGUCCGAACAAGACUCAACUACUGACGAAGCUCAAAACGAUAGUAAAAAUGAAAUACGUGAUAUCGGUCGCAUUAUCAAAUCUGCAGUUAAAAGUUUACCUAAGAAUGAAAGUGAAGGUAUUUUAGAAGCUGCUUAUGCCAAAGGGCUUAGUAUUGACAUUGAGACAGCUGAAGGUAUACAGCAAUACCUCGGUGAAAAUAUGACAACGAAGGUGUCGCAAUUACUAUCAGAACUCAGUUCGUCUCAAUUAGAGCCUGUUCCAAUCGAGAGUCCACGGAGGACUGAACAAGCUAAUGAUCGUUCAGCGCUCGAAAUCGAAAGCAUCAUCGCUAGAUUAAAGGAAAAGGGCACCAAUGUGAACCGUCUUCAAAAACAACUGCUCUGUGCUUAUAUUAAUGAAAAAAACAUCGAAAAAGUCAAAAGUUUUCUGAGUGAACUUAGAUUGUCUAAUUUCGAGUUAAACACAGCCAUUUUAGCACAGUUGUUUGAAUUUUUAUGUGAAAAUGAUGAGAUUGAACUUGCAAAAGAAAUUAGAACAGAAAUUGAAUCAAAGAAUGAAGAUUUCAUAUUGAGUCGUCUCAAAUUGAUUCAAAUGGCACAAGCAUUAUUCCGAACCAAUAGAUAUGAUGAAGCCAUACAGUUUUUAAUAGAAAACAAAUUUUCUGAUGCUGAAAAUGUAGGAUUUUUAGUUAAUUCUAAAUGUUGGCAAAUUUUAAACAGCUUAGCUGAACAAAAGGAUUGUGAAAAAGUAAAAGAAGUAACAAAAACGUUGCUCGAAAACAAUUAUGUCCAGGCUUCGAAUGUUUUAUUUGGUCCUACAAUCAAAGCGUACCUUCUUAACAAUGACGUACAAGGCGCUCUAGUUGAAUUUGAGAAAUGCUGCAAGCAAUAUCGUUGCACUCCUUGGAAGGGAGAAUUGAUGAAGGCAUUAAUUAUGAAGGAAGAUGCUAACCAGUUACAGUGGCUUGCUGAUUUAAGUACACAGAUACAUGGUGAAGUAAACAUUCUACAUGAUUUAGUACUUGCGUUCGUUGAGUGCGGAAGACUGAGACAGGCACGUCGUAUUCUCGAAACACCAGGAUUGCAGGCUCGACACAGACGCUUGGAUGACGCUUGUCAGCGAUACGUUGAGGAAGGGAAAUCAGAGUACUUGGAAGGAUUACUUGAGGCAACGAAAGAACUUUCUCACAUUGAUCGCUCAAACAUCUUCUACCAUUUACUCGUUACAUACUGUAAUGCCGAUGAAACCGAUAAAGCCCUCGGACUAUGGACACUGCUUCAAGAAGAAAGCGAAGUACCGAGUAACCAAUUUCUUGUCUACCUCGGAAACCAUUUGAAAUCAAAGAACAGAGAUGUACCGUUUAUAAUUCCGGAAAAAAUAGAAAAAGUUCAGUCCAAAAAGGAAGACAUAAUCCAAAAAAUUGUCACACCUAAAGUACCUCCGAAACCAACAAAGGCCGAAAUCUCCACAAACAUCGAGGCCCUUGUUAAAGACGGAAACUUGGCACAAGCAAUGGACGUUUUGCUUAAAUCGAUUGAAGUAGGUACCAUGCCCAAAUCGAAUGUUGUUAAAUAUUUAUUGAAGAAUUUGGCCGAGGAGGGAAACGUUGAAAAGAUUCAGCAACUAGGAAAGAAUAUCAGCGAAAACACGAAACGUAAAGUUACGUACGAUGAUAAACUGACUUUGGCGAUAUUCAGAAGAGGCGCUGGUGGACAACACAUUGACAACUUAUUGGAAUCUGUCGAAGCAGCGAAUAUACGCGAGGAUUUGGAAAUAGCUCUCAGGAAAUUCCCUAGAAGUAGUGCACUAGCAAACUUGGUUAAUGAUACAGAGCUCGUCCAAAAAUGCACCAAAAUAGCGGAAAUCGCAGCGUCGAAGGGUAUAACCACGCCAGUUAAUUUACUUUGGAUGGAAUUGAUAUUGGCAGGAAAAGACGAAGAAGCACGAGACUUAUGGAACAAAUGGCUUAUUACGGCACCGGUCAUUGUAUUCAGAAGACUGCUACAAGAGAGUUUCGUUAAAAACGAACCAGAAAUAAUAAUGAAAUUAAUAAACGCAUUGAAAACAAAUAAAACUUUACCAACCAGGUCAUUAGGUAAUGCGUAUUCAAGAUUAAUGAACUAUUACUUACUGAACAACAACAUCGCGGCUGCUGAAGCGUUGCUGAGUGAUGCUAUUCAACAAGGUGUACCAAAAGAGCACAUUAACAAAUCAAGUUUGUUGAGAUUAAAGUCAGCAAUCGAAGCAACUGGAAAAGAAUUUAAACAGUUCGAAAUUUAGUAACGCGAACACGACUCCCAUAGGUUUAUAAUCUUUAGUUUUAUGUUGCUGGUAAAUUUUCAAAUUAAAAAACUAACUACCAGUAUAAUCUUGAGUUGAAAAUGUGUCCUUGUAAUAUGUUAGUCAGUGAUAGCUUAGUUUUCCUAAUAUAAUUUCAAAUGUUCAGAUAUGUAGAUAUUAAUUUAAUU